AUGCGGAUCACUCUUCAACUAUGGAGGUCCGCGCUUCUCCUCCUGUACACUUCGACCAUACUAGCGCUCCCAUUUGCUGAAAGGGUCGCCAACGUCUUCGCAAAAAACCAUAUGUCAUCCGACUCCGCAGCAAAACGCGAUAGGGCGGACUGCGCUGAAUUCCUCUACCUGACAAGAUUCCCCGGCGUCACCUGGGACAACGAUAACUGGAGGUUAACUACGACAAACCUCGACCAGGGUCACUAUCAAUCCCGCGGCUCCAUCGCAAACGGAUACAUAGGCAUCAACGUCGCAGCAGCGGGCCCGUUUUUCGAACUCGAUGUCCCCGUUAAUGGCGACGUCAUCAACGGAUGGCCGUUGUAUUCGCGCCGGCAAACUUUCGCGACCAUAUCUGGCUUCUAUGAUCUCCAGCCGUCAACCAACGGUAGCAAUUUCCCAUGGAUGAACCAGUACGGCGGCGAGAGCGUGAUUAGCGGCGUGCCGCAUUGGAGUGGAUUGAUUCUCGACCUGGGGAACAACCAGUAUCUUGAUGCUACUGUUGAUGCCGCUGAGAUCUCGAAUUUCAAGUCCACGCUGGAUAUGAAAGGCGGUCUGCUGAAUUGGGAGUAUACUUGGUCCCCUGCUGGAAGGGAGGAAUCGUUUCAUAUUUCGUACCAGCUUUUUGCGCAUAAGUUGAAUGUUAAUCAGGCCGUUGUGCAAAUGGCUAUUACGCCUUCGGCAGAUGUGGAGGCGAAAGUCGUUAAUGUCAUCGAUGGGUACUCAGCUGUGCGGACGGAAUUUGUUUCCUCGGGUGAGGAUGGGCGCGCGAUUUACACUUCCGUGAGCCCUGUGGGGAUACCCAAUGUGACGGCUCACAUUUAUGCCACGUUAACGGGCUCAAAGGAAGUUGACUUGGAGUCAUUGAAAUCAGUCCCCAAUCCGCCCUAUGUGCACAUCAACCAAUCUUCAAUCGCCCAGGCCGCUGACGUUAAGUUACGCGCUGGCCAGAAAAGUAUCGUCACUAAAUUUGUGGGUGUUGCGUCUUCCGAUGGAUUUGAAAACCCUGGACAAGUGGCAAAGGACGCAUCUGCAAACGCCGCAAACGCUGGGUAUAAUUCUCUUUUGGAGUCUCACAUCGGCGAGUGGUCGACUGUUUUCCCAGACGACUCUGUCGAUGAUUUUAGACUUCCGGAAACUGGCUGGCUACCACUGGAUAGCCACAUCAUCGAAUCUGCUGUAACGGCCGUCACGAAUCCGUUCUACCUUCUCCAGUCAACUGUGAGCGAGAACGCCCUCCAGGCUGCCAACAACGCUCCUAUCCACCAGGGCAGCGUUUCUGUGGGUGGGUUGACUUCCGACUCAUAUGGCGGCCUAAUCUUCUGGGAUGCGGAUAUAUGGAUGCAGCCGGGUCUUGUUACUGCAUUUCCACAAGCGGCUCAAUCAUUCACCAAUUAUCGUCUCUCCAAAUAUGGACAGGCCAUUGGGAAUGUUCACACUGCGUUUACAUCGUCAAAGAAUCAGACAAGGUUCUCCGAAGGUGCUGCGAUCUAUCCAUGGACUAGUGGGCGGUUUGGGAAUUGUACGGGCACAGGACCUUGCUUCGACUAUCAGUACCAUCUUAAUGGCGACAUUGGCCUCCAGAUGAUCAAUAAUUGGGUGACUACUGGCGAUACCCAACAUUUUAAAGAGAAGCUGUUCCCGGUCUAUAAUGCGAUUGCGAUACUAUAUGGUGAUCUCCUGGAGAAGAACGGGACGACAUGGACGCUCACUAACAUGACAGACCCGGACGAAUACGCUAAUCACGUUGAUGGAGGGGGGUUCACCAUGCCCAUGAUGGCUACAACGCUGCUCUACGCAAAUUCGCUGCGUCAAAUAUUUGGCCUCGAGCAGAAUCAAACGUGGAAUGAGAUGGCGGAAAACGUACUUGUGUUGAGAGACCCUGGGGCAGACGUCACCCUAGAAUACACGACGAUGAAUGGCAGCACUCUAGUGAAACAAGCGGAUAUUGUGCUUAAUACGUUUCCGUUAAGAUAUACAGAUGAAUAUUCGCCGCAAAACGCCCUGAGUGAUCUGGAUUAUUAUGCUGCAAAACAAUCCCCUGACGGCCCCGGCAUGACCUAUGCGAUAUUUUCCAUUGUCGCCAACGAAAUUUCUCCCUCUGGCUGUUCCUCCUACACAUACGCCCAAUACUCAUAUUCCCCAUAUAUCCGGGCUCCAUUCUUCCAGUUCUCUGAGCAGCUGAUAGACAACUGGUCGGAAAACGGCGGCACUCACCCCGCAUAUCCAUUCCUAACUGGAAACGGCGGCGCCAACCAAGUCGCCUUAUUCGGCUAUAUGGGUCUGCGUCUCCUCCCAGAUUUCGUCUUGCAUAUCGAUCCCAACCUGCCUCCUCAAAUCCCACAUUUAUCCUACCGGACGUUCUACUGGCGCGGCUGGCCCCUGAAAGCAGUCUCGAAUUACACACAUACGAUGAUCCAGCGUGCCACGGAUACCCGGCCCCUCUCAACGGCUGAUCAAAAGUUCGCCGACGCCCCUAUCCCCGUCCAUGUCGGUCCGGAAUCAAACGUAACAAUCUAUUCGCUCCCGGGCUCCGGUCCGCUCACUAUCCGCAAUCGCCAAAUCGGCUCCCAAGCCACUUUCCCGGGAAACAUGGUGCAAUGCCGACCCGUCUCAUCGCCAGACGAGUACGAACCGGGCCAAUUUCCCAUCGCGGCCGUGGACGGCGCCGCCUCGACCAAAUGGCAACCUAAGCGCGCAAACGCCACCUCCGCGCUAACCGUCUCCUUCCCCGAUGAGGAAAUCUCGGAACAAAUCGCCGGGUUCGCCUUCGACUGGGCGCAGGCACCCCCUGAAUCCUUCGCGGUCGUCCUGCACAAUGCUCCACUCAGUCUCCCCGUACAACAAGAACAGGAGUCCACGCCAUCGACAGCACUAUCCGUCCCCUCCACUCCCGGCACACUCACAGUCGCCAACGUCCCCUCCCUCACCGUCUCAAACCCCUAUGACCCAGCAACGACAGACCUGAACGUCAUAGCCCGCUAUAUCGGAAACACGACUAACGUGACCCUGGCUCAGCCGAUGCCGGCCACGCGCUUUGCGACGCUGUUGAUCUGGGGCAACCAGGCGCUGGACGAUGUGGAUCGGAAUGCGGGGAAUGGGACUGGGGCGAGUGUGGCGGAGUGGUCGAUCUUUAGGGCAGAGGCGGGCGCGGGUUCAGUGUUUCGGUGGCGGGUAUGA